CUCAUUUCAUCACCGAGAUCAUGGCUCUGAUUGUUAGCUGUUGUUUAAAAGGGUUCUUCCUGAUCUUUAUCCUCUUCCUCUGUGUCAAUGGAAAUAAAACAAGACCAAUCUUCAUGGUGACCUUUCCUGCUGUGAUUGAGUCAGGAUCUGAUGCCAAACUGUGUGCAAGUCUUCUGAAGCCCAACAAAACCCUCUUCAUGAACAUUUAUCUGGUUCAUAGUAACCAGAGCACAUUAUUGCUGCAGGAGAAAGCUGAGCAAGAGUUUCACCGCUGUUUUAACUUUCAGGCUCCUCUAGCAGAAGCAGAAUCAGUGCAGAAAAUCAAGGUUGAACUUCAAGGAGAGUCCUUCAACAUGACUGAAGAGAGAAAAGUCAUGUUCAAAUCUUACCAUCCUCUGACUUUUAUUCAGAUGGAUAAACCCUUCUAUAUUGCUGGACAGACUGUAAACUUCAGGGUUGUUACGAUGGAUAAAAGCUUUAGACCUCUUGAUCAGCAGUAUAGUGCAGUUGUACUUGAGGACAGUCAAGAUAACAGGAUUGGUCAAUGGACAAAUGUUUCCUCAACAAGGUGGAUUUUGCAGCGUUCUUAUGAUUUAAACCCAGAGGCCCGUGAAGGCACGUACAAAGUGAAGGCUUUCAUUGGGGAAAGGAUGAUCUCACAUGAUUUUGAUGUGAAAAAAUAUGUUUUGCCUAAGUUUGGAGUUUUUGUGAUUUCACCAAAUCCUGUGAGCAUAGAUGAUGAGUUCAUGGUCAUUGAGGUUUGCGGAAAAUACACUUACGGGAAGCCUGUACUUGGUAAAUCAUCUGUGAAAGUGUGCCGUAAAACUCUUGACACUCACAGUCCACUGUGUGUAAAAGAAAGCACAGAGAUAAGUAAAACAGGCUGUGCCAACCAUACCUUAGCUUUGUCUGUCUUUUUUUACCCAACACAUCAUCAACUGCUAAAUGAUCUUCAUAUUGAAGCUACAAUAACAGAAGAAGAAACAGAGAUCACCAUGACACAAUCUAACACAAUAUCUCUCACUUAUGAAAUUGGCAAAGUCACAUUUACUGACCUGCCCAAAACAUAUGAAUAUGGAUCAGUCAUAGAGGGAAAAGUCAAACUGGCAAGAUUCAGGGGAACAGCAGUUCCAGGCAAACACAUUUAUAUAUUAGAAAAUUACAGCUGGCCACCUAAAGUGCUCCUGAAUCUUACUACAGACAGCAAUGGACUGGCAAACUUCUCUCUUAAUACAUUGCGUUUUGUAAAAAGUGAUAUUAAUCUGAUGGCAAGUGCGUAUCCAGGCUAUCGUUCUUAUUUUCAAAAAUCUCCCUACUUCAAUACGGAUGAAAAAACUGUGCAGUUUUUUCCCAAACCUGCUGCUUCAUACACCCCAACAUUUAGUGAACUCAUUAUAGAAAAUAUUGAGCAGCCAUUAAAGUGUGGCACUGAGAUUACAGCCACUGUCAAGUAUUAUUUUGUUAAAGAGACCGUUAAAAUUUUCAAUGCUGACAUUGUCUAUAUGGUCUUGUCCAGAGGAGUGAUCAUUCAUCAUGGAUAUGAGAAGGUUGAAGUGAAGUCUUCUAAUGCAGUAGCAAGUGGCACAAUGUCCUUCAAACUGUCUGUUGGUGCAGAUGUGGCUCCUUUAGUGCAGAUUCUGGCAUACUGUGUCCUGCCAAGUGAAAAUAUUGCUAUUCAUAGUGAAAACUUUCAUGUUGAAAAGUGUUUAAAAAAUAAGGUUUCCCUGCAGUUUUCUCCUGCUAAAGCAGUUCCUGGUGAGAAAAACACUCUCCAGCUCUCAGCUCAGCCUGGUUCACUGUGUGGCCUCAGUGCUGUAGAUCAGAGCGUCCUGAUGCUGGAGUCAGGAAAACGUCUGGAUGCUGACAAGAUCUUCAACCUGCUGCCAGUAAAGUAUGGAUCAGGGUAUCCUUCCAGUCUUCCUGAUGAGAAGGAGUGUUUUUAUAUGAUGGCGGUCCCAAUAGAAAACAUCUUUAAAUCUUCAAAGAGAAUAGGAUUGAAGAUGGCAACAAAUUUGGCUGUGAGAUCUGGAACUUCGACUUGUGAAAUGUACAAGAAGUUCAGUAUGUUUGCUAUUCUACCUGUUGAUUUGUUUCGGGAUAUUGGCUUAGCUGAAGAUUCAGUUCCUCAUUGGACUUUAUUUGAGGAAAAUGUUCGAUCUGUCUUUCCAAAAACAUGGCUUUGGCAACUUAUUGAAAUAAGUGACUCUGGAUCAGCCGAGGUUCCUGUCACAGUUCCUGACACCAUCACCUCUUGGGAGACGGAGGCCUUCUGUCUGUCCUCCACAGGUCUGGGUUUGGCUCCUCCUGCUCAGCUGACAGUUUUCCAGCCCUUCUUCCUUGAGCUCUCUUUACCUUACUCCAUCAUCCGUGGAGAGAUGUUUGAGCUCAAGGCCACUGUCUUCAACUAUCUGUCCAAGUGCAUCAUGGUUAAAGUGAGCCCAGCUCCUUCCUCAGACUACACUCUCAAAGCCUCCUCUGAUGAUCAGUAUUCAUCCUGUCUCUGUGCUAAUGGAAGAAAAACCUUUAAAUGGAUCCUCACUCCUUCUGUUAUUGGAGUGGUGAAUGUUACAGUCAGAGCAGAGGCAGAGGCGUCCCAGACUGUGUGUGACAAUGAGAUUGUGAGUGUGCCAGAGAGAGGACGCAUUGACACCGUCACACGAAGUCUGCUUGUACAGGCUGAAGGAAUCAAAAAGGCAAAGACCAACAGCUGGUUACUGUGUCCAAAGGGGGACAGUCUUUUAGAGGAAAUAGAUCUGACUCUUCCUAAAGACAUGAUAGAGGGAUCAGUCACAUCCUCUGUUUCCGUCAUUGGAGACAUAGUGGGUCGUUCACUGAAAAAACUUCACAGAACAUUAUGGAGGAUUUACAGAUCUGGUAACCAAAACAUAGCUAUUCUUUCUCCCAGUAUUUACAUUCUGCAGUACCUGGAGAACACAAAGCAGCUCACCUCAGCCAUCCGAGAGAAAGCCAGCAGCUUCCUUAAGAGCGGAUACCAGAGACAACUGAAAUACAGGCAUAGAAAUGGAGCAUACAGCACAUUUGGCAAUGGAAAGGGGAAUGCAUGGUUGACUGCCUUUGUCCUGAAGUCUUUUGUCAAAGCACAGAAAUACAUAUAUAUAGAUCCACAAAUUAUUAAGAGUGCAAAGAAGUGGUUAAUAGGUACACAGGAUCCAGAAGGCUGUUUCAUCCAGCAUGGAAGACUAUUCAACAACAGACUGAAGGGUGGAGUCAGUGAUCAUGUGACAAUGACGGCCUACAUUACUGCAUCACUGCUUGAACUGGAAACUUCAGUCACAGAUCCUGUCAUCAUUAAAGGUUUGUCAUGCUUGAGGUCCGUCAUCAAAGACGUCAAAAACACUUACACCACUGCUCUGCUGGCCUACACUUUCAGUCUGGCUAGAGACACCAACACUCGACAGCAGCUUUUCAACAAACUGGAGGAUCUUGCUAUUUCAGAUGGUCCUCUUGUCCACUGGUCUCAGUCUGCAUCUGCUGAUGACUCUGAUUCUCUGGAUGUGGAGAUCAGCUCAUAUGUGCUGCUAGCUGUUCUCACUGCAGAUUCACUCACUACAGCUGAUCUGGGCUUUGCUAACAGGAUUGUCAGCUGGCUUGUGAAGCAGCAGAAUGCCUAUGGAGGAUUCUCCUCCACACAGGACACAGUGGUGGCUCUUCAGGCUCUGUCUUUGUACGCCACCAAAGUGUUCAGCUCUGACGGCUCCAGCACAGUGACUGUACAGUCAGCAGGAGACUCUCACUACUUUAAUGUCAAUCAAGACAACAAGUUAGUCUACCAGGAGAAGCAGCUGGCCAAUGUGCCGGGCAAAUACAAAAUUGAAGUCAAGGGCUCAGCCUGUGUGUCUGUGCAGAUGGCUCAGUUCUACAACAUUCUCACUCCUAAAGAAGUUAAAACAUUGAGCAUUGAUGUUAAGAUUGAGGGAGACUGCAAGAAAACCUUUGGAAAUAAACUAUUGUUAGAAUUCACUGUGAAUUAUGAUGGUCCUCAUGAAACAACCAACAUGUUGAUUGUGGAUGUUAAACUCUUAUCUGGAUUCACAGCUGAUGAUACAACAAUGUUUGGCAGUUCUUCAGGUUUUUAUGUACCACUUGUGGAGCAGGUCGAUUAUAAAGACGAUCAUGUCAUUGUGUAUCUGAAGGAGGUCCCCAAACAUUUUCCUGUGAAUUACCAGAUACAAAUGAAACAGGUUCUACAUGUGAUGAAUCUCAAGCCAGCUGUGAUUAAAGUGUAUGAUUACUACCAAACAAGUGAUCAGUCAGAAACUGAAUACUACUUCCACUGUUAACGAAGCUGCGCAAAUAAAGCUUGAAUUCAAAUGUAUAUUUGUUUAUUCUUUAUCCUGGGCCAAAUUAUUCCCAAUCCAUUAGUAUGAAUGUGAACAGACUCUCAAAACCUGUGAAACUCUGUGGCUAGUCAAACCACAAAAGAUAUGAUUAUUAAAAAAUGACUGAAUAAAC